AUGGUUCACUGCACCAGGACGGUGGCCACGUGCCUGAGCUUUCCACCUCCCGGGCAGGAGCGGUGCGUGUGCACGGGACGGGACCUACUAAGCACAUGUUGUGCGUCCCUGGCGCUGUUUACCUUCUGCUUCCGAGUCCUGCACUCGGACGUUGCUCCUAGCGUCGCUCCCGGGGAGAGCGAGCGAGUGAGCACAGACCCGUUCCUUUCUUUCUCUUUUUGUCCCCAGACAGGAAUCAUUUCCCUGUAUGACUGUAUUUUUGACAAGAGCCCAGGCUACAAUCAGAAGUUGCACCGAGAUGACAGAGAACAUGCAAAAAGCCUGGGGCUUCACGUGAACGAGGAGGAGCGCCAGCGGCCCGUGGCAGUGCUGACGUCCUCUGUCUACGGGAGACGCAUCCACCAGCCCGUGGAGCCCCUGAACCGGGACCACGGCCGGGCCAACCUCGUGAAGGCGGACUUCUACAGGAAGAACGACAUCCCCGGCAUCAAGAGCCCCAGCUUUGGCCACGUUUCUCCAGCCUGA